AUGGAAGUCACAUACGGGGCUGCUUUACACUUGAUCAUGGCAACUACUUUAUUCCCGCAUUCCACAGCAGGCUAUGAGUAUAGUGAACAAGCGCAUUCAGUCUUUGACGAGAUGAUUUUCAAGGGCAACAAACUAGCUACUGCUCGCAAAACAGAGCUCUCACAUCUAGAGGAGCUUUUCCGUGACCUGGCAAUGCGAAUCGAAUCACACGGCCUGCAAACAUUGACUCUCACCACACCAGAGCACCUCCAAUCCUCCGAAGACCCGAUAAGUCCUCUCCCCGUUCACGCAGAACACUCGGGUGAAAGCCUCAAGUAUCAGGGAACGGAUGCACGAGCACGCGAUGACACUGGAUAUCUACCCUCUAGUCCUCAUAUGUCAAACAAUGUGGAGCUACUGGAUGGAAUGGGAAUCUCCUCCUAUGAGUUUCUGUCUAUCAUUGAACAGAUCGGCGGAGCAGAGAGUAGUAUCUUGGAUCCGGGGCCCUCAUGGGAACACGGUCUUUGA